CAGCUCUCACUAUUCUUUCACUCUUCGAAUCUACACCACUAUCAUUCCCCCUUCACUGUUAUUUAUUGUUGAUUAGUGGAUACUGCUGGCGCUAGAUUUUGACUGCCCGCCUAACCAUCUCCCCUCCCCACCCCUCUCCCCCACGGUCCUAAUCUCCCGAACACUGCGAUCCGCUGACAGAGUAUCCGCACGUAUUCGCGCUGAGAAUUUAGAAUUACGGCCACUACGAGCCCGUUGGCCUAACGCACUGGCACGUGUUGAGUCGUGCAUAAGCCUCGUGCCUCGAACCAUCGUUCUCCUUUCCAAUUGUACUCCCCCUCGAAUCCUCAGGCUUACCUCCGAAUCCUUCACUGCUUCGCGCUCGCAAGCACCGCUCAAGCUACCAACCAAUAUUCCCAAUUCUACCACAGUCCAUCUCAUCACACAGGCCUUGUCGCACAGGAGAGCAUGGCUUCGAAUGGUGGCUCCGGUUCGCAUACACCCCAACCAGCCGCUCAGAUCCAGCCAUGUCGCUACAAGACAGGGAAGACGCUCGGUGCAGGCAGCUACUCAGUCGUCAAGGAGUGCGUGCAUAUUGAUACGGGGAGAUACUAUGCCGCUAAGGUGAUCAACAAGAGGCUGAUGGCGGGGAGGGAACACAUGGUCAGGAACGAGAUCGCAGUCCUCAAGAGGGUCUCAAUGGGUCACAGGAAUAUCCUGACAUUAGUGGAUUACUUUGAGACUAUGAACAAUCUCUACCUCGUAACCGAUCUCGCCCUCGGCGGCGAGCUCUUUGACCGCAUCUGCCGUAAAGGCAACUACUACGAGUCCGAUGCGGCCGAUCUGAUUCGAGCCACGCUCUCGGCCGUCGCAUACCUUCACGACCACGGCAUUGUACAUAGGGACCUCAAGCCCGAGAACCUGCUCUUCCGAACACCCGAGGACAAUGCUGAUUUGUUGAUUGCGGAUUUCGGGCUGUCCCGCAUCAUGGAUGAGGAGCAGUUCCAUGUCCUCACGACUACCUGUGGUACCCCCGGGUAUAUGGCGCCCGAGAUCUUCAGAAAGACGGGCCAUGGCAAGCCUGUCGACGUCUGGGCCAUCGGCGUAAUAACCUACUUCCUCCUCUGCGGCUAUACGCCCUUCGACCGAGACUCCAACCUCGAAGAAAUGCAAGCCAUCCUCAUCGCCGACUACUCCUUCACACCUCUCGAAUACUGGCGCGGCGUCUCGCUCACGGCCCGCGAAUUCAUCCGCCGCUGUCUCACCAUCGACCCAGCCGCCCGCAUGACAGCCCAUGAGGCCCUGUCCCACCCCUGGAUCGCCAACAUUGACAAAACGGGCGCCGGCGAGGGCGAAGAGGACUUGCUCCCAACCGUCAAGAAGAAUUUCAAUGCAAGAAGAACCCUUCAUGCGGCUAUUGACACUAUCAGAGCUAUUAACCAGUUGCGAGCAGGAGGCGCGGCGGGGAUGAUGGAUGGCGUUCGGUCGAAUGAGCCUAGGAAGGGUGCGCCGCCGGCAAAUGUGCCGCAGCCGGUGGAGGGUGAGGAUGGGGAUGCGAUGGAGAUUGACAGUAGGGGCAAUGGGCAUGGACAGACGGAGGAGAUGAUUAAAGAGCAGGAGAGGAGGAUUAGGGAGGCGCAGCAGGGGCUUUGGGGGAAGAGGUAGUUGGAAUAGGCUGAGGUGGGGCAAGACUCUUUUUCUAUGUUGGGGAUGGUUGGUGGAGCGCUUUAGAAACUGGCAUUGUAGUGGACCAGGGAUUUUCAUGU